CAUGUCUCAUGAAUCACAAAGGGUAGUGGUGAUCCACCAUGCAUCUAUAAAUUUCAGUGCUAGAGCUCUUAGAUGGGCCCUCAAUGGUUUUUCACUUGAGAAUGGAGAUAACCUUACACUUGUUGCAAUUCUUCGCCAAGUAAAUAGUCCUACUAGUGCUAGAUUUCGUGCAAUAUUUGGGACUGACCAAAAUAUUGUUGAGGAAGAGGUUGCCAAGAAGAAAGAAAAGUUGUAUAAUAAUGCAUGCAUAAGGAAAAUUUCUGAGCACUGUGAAACACACAAGAUUCAGUUCUUGAUAGAAGUGAUUCCAGGCAAAAUACCAGAGCAUGCUAUAAAUGCCGCCAUCCGUUUGAAUGCAACAUCAGUUAUAAUUGAUAGAGACAUGAAGAAAUAUAAGAAGGAUUUCAUGCAAAGUCUCUCUUGUGCUUUGCUAGUAAUGAAAAGUGAUAACUCCAUUAAGCACUUGAGAGGGCCAAGAAAAGAAAAGAUUUCUUUCAGAAGAUAUGAUGAUGCAAGUUCAGUAAAAAGUUCUGAAUCCUCGCCAAGUUUGUGGAGCAUGACAAACGCUGUUUUCCGCUCCAAAUCGAGCUCUAAUCUAACGAAGAUUGUUUGUCAUCAACUUCAUUGUCAAAUAAUACAAACACCUGAAGAUAAAGAUCUAGAUAUGGCAAGAGGCUAUUGCCUAUUACCAACUCCUGAUAGUCAAAAGACAAGUGUUCUUGAAAUGCGUCACAAAGAUACAACAUUUGAACAUAUCAGAAACCAUAAAACGUAUCAGAUCGUUGAAAAUUUUAAAAAUUCUGUUUGCUCAGUGUGUGAUAACAGAAGGCCAAAAUUUGAAUUGAUGAAAGAAUUCACAUACGGGGAGCUGCAUGAAGCAACACAUGGUUUUUCUCCCAAGAACUAUUUGUCAGAAGGCGGAUUCGGUUCGGUUUAUUGGGGAAAGAUGCAAGGACUCAAGAUUGCUGUUAAGAAACAUAAAUUUGCAAGCCUCCAAGGAGAGAAAGAAUUCAAAUCUGAAGUUAAUGCACUCAACAAAGCAAUACAUGAAAAUGUGGUCAUGCUGCUAGGAUCUUGUUCGGAGGGAAAGAACAGAUUUCUUGUAUAUGAAUUUGUUUGCAAUGGCUCACUUGAUCAACAUUUAUCGCAACACUCUAGGAAACCUCUUAAUUGGGCAGCCAGGAUCAAAGUGGCAAUUGGGGCUGCAAAAGGCUUGUUGUAUUUGCAUGAGAAUAACAUCAUACACAGAGAUAUGAGACCAAGUAACAUCCUUGUUACACAUGAUUUUGAAGCAAUGAUUGGAGAUUUUGGUCUGGCUAGGACUGAACAAAUGGACUCAGUGUACUCAACAGAUGUUGUUGGAACAUUAGGGUAUAUGGCACCAGAAUAUGCAGAAUCUGGUAAAGUGUCAACCAAGUCAGAUGUGUAUUCCUUUGGAGUAGUGCUUCUUCAGUUAAUAACAGGAAUGAGGACCACAGACAAAAGAAUUGGACACAAAAGUCUUGUGGGAUGGGCCAGGCCACUACUGAAGGAAAGGAACUAUCCAGAUCUAAUUGAUGAAAGGAUGAUGGAUACCUAUGAUUGUCAUCAGCUUUUUUGGAUGAUUCGUUUAGCAGAAAAAUGUCUCACAAGGGAUCCUCAAAAGCGAUUAUCAAUGGAUACUGUGGUUAGUGCAUUAACUCAUAUAGUAGAAGGCAGCACAUGCAGCAUGGUACUAAGAGACUGCUCCCCAGCACGGUCAGAUUCCUCUUAUGACAUGUCAGAAUCCCCUGUAUCAGAUGUCUCUCCAGAAAUAGAAGAUGAAGAAGAUGGAAUCGUCUGUGUAGGAUGUACCACAGUUAAUUUACGACCCCCUCCAUCUCCUCCAUUAGGAAGCACUUCAUGGAGUACUUCAAAACAUAUAUGUUCACAAGGCUGAAUGAAUCUCAUUCUCAUGAACUAAUGAAUAACAAGGCUGAAAUUUUCUAAUUUAUAUAAAUAAUGUUACUCCUAUUUUGUAUGUUCCUUCACUCCACAAAAAUAAAAAUGUAUCCAACAUUAAAAGAUAUUUGUUGUAAGCAUAGUUUUCUUGAUUUAGCUCUUCCAAGAUGAGCAGAUUACUACUGAUGGUAAUAUGACUAAUCUCAAGCUUUGAUGAAUAAACUAACAAAUGACAGACAAAUUCUAAGGACCAC